AUGCAGAAAUACGAGAAGCUGGAGAAGAUCGGAGAGGGUGCGCGAUUGGGGAGGGGGCGCGCAGCCGGGGGGGGUGCGUGCAAGCGGGAGGGGGUGCGCGCAACCGGGGGCUUCUCCUUGGGAGGUUUGGGUGGGGGGCUGCUUCUCCCACUCCCCCCCCCGCGAUCUGUGCUGCUGGUGCCGGGGAGGGGGCGAGGAGAGGACUGCUUUGAGCCUGGGGGUGGCGGCUUCUGCAUGCAUGCAAUGCACCCCCCCCCGAAAAGAAAACCUGGAGGAAAUUGGGGGGUGUCUGGCGCAGGCUGGGGGUCCGGCGGCAGGAAGGCGUGGCAGCUGCGCCCCCGUCCUGGCCAGGGGGGCUCCUCUGCUGGGGUGGGGGGGCCUGCAAAGCGCUUGGCCCCAGGAAUCAGCGAGACCCUUUUGUGUUUCUCUCCCCCCCCCCCCCAAAAGGCACCUACGGGACGGUGUUCAAGGCCAAGAACCGGGAGACGCACGAGAUCGUGGCGCUGAAGAGGGUGCGGCUGGACGACGACGACGAGGUGGGGACCCCCGCGACCCCCCCCGGCUCCGUCUCGCCUGCGCCGCCCUUGGGAGCCGGGAAAGAGGCUCCCAUCAUCCCCGGCCCGCCAGGCCAAGGGCGGGGGAUUGUGGGAGUUGUAGUCCCGCAGCCCCUUUCGGCCGGGGAUGCUCGCCGCCCUCCUUGCAGAUGCUGGCGGGGGGGGGGGGACGGCGCCUCGGUCCUUCUGCAUGCCGAGCAGAUGCUCUCCCCCAUGAAAGGAGAGUGGGGUGCUGGGCGGGUGCAAAGCGCCCCCGACUCCUGGGAUUUGCAUCCUAAGGGACCCCCUCCUGGGCAGCUGCAUUCGCGGUGGGUUUAGCCUGGGCUGGCCUCCCGUCCUUCUGCUUUGCCCCUUAGCCCAGUGACAGCGGGGGGGGGGGGGGCAAGGGAGAAUAAAACGUAGCAUUUGCAGCAAGAAAAGGGGCAGGAUCCUUGCAGGAAGUUCCUUGACUGGAAAGGAAGCAGAACCCCGGAAUAUUUGCAGGAGUAAUAAUAAUAAUAAUAAUUUAUUUCUACCCCGCCCAUCUGGCUGGUCUUCCCCACCACUCUGGGCGGCUUCCAACAAAAUAUUAAAAUACAGUAAUGCACCAGACAUUAAAAGCUUCCCUAAACAGGGCUGCCUUCAGAUGUCUUCUAAAAGUCUGGUAGUUGUUGCUCUUUUUGACAUCUGAUGGGAGGGCGUUCCACAGGGCGGGCGCCACCACCGAGAAGGCAAACAGCACUGGGCUUGGGGGUCACGUUUGAGCACCCCAAUAGCAUCCCAAAUGCUCACCAGAAAGGAUGUUGGGGUGGGGCUGGGGGGCAGAGCCUGCUGCUGUUUGACAAGGGACCCCCACACAUGCUCCCCACAUUGCACUGGGCAGAGCAGCAGGUUUUUGAGAAGAGUUCCCUGUUCCCUUGUUAGUUCCCAAACUCCCUUCUUUGGGAGCCAUAGGAAAGGGAAGUAAGAUGUUCCUUAGCGACUUCUGGUGGGUGGGUGGAUUCCCUGUCUUCCAAGGGGUCCUCCCCCCCCCCCCACCUUGCCUGCCCAUUGUGAAUGAAUCCAGGGGUGGGGUGGGGGUUGAGGCCGGCAGUGCCCCCUGACCCUUUCCCCUCCCUCCUCGUCCUCCUCUUUCAGGGGGUCCCCAGCUCUGCCCUGCGAGAAAUCUGCCUCCUGAAGGAGUUGAAGCACAAGAACAUUGUCAGGUGAGCCGCUUGGGGGGCUGAGGCUCGGCUCUGGGGUGGAGAAGGGCAGGGGGCCGUUUCAGAGCUUAUUCCUUGCACUUAAAGACCACCUUUUCCUCUCCAAAAAGCUCAGGGUGGUGCAAAUGGAUCUCCUGCUCAUUUAUCGUAUUUUUCGCUCCAUAAGACUCACCUGGUUUUUAGAGGAGGAAAUAAGAAAAAAAAUAUUCUGAAUGAAAGAGUGGAUGUAUGAUUUUUGUGGUUCAUGCUGUGGCCACAGACAUGUGAUUUGACGGUGAGUUUGGGGUAGGCCAAUGCAAAAAUCCUGAGGAUCCAUGGGCUUUUACCUCCUCCCUCCCAGGCAGCCUCCUUUAUCUCUAGCGUCCCUUAUCUCGCUUCCAAUCACUUGCCGAUCAGCGGCUUUGUUUCAACACCCACUUCCCUCUUUCUAAAAAAGGAGUGUGAUCUGCUUUUCUCCCCUGGGCAAUUCGGCUCCAGGGACCACGCAUUCGCUCCAUAAGAUGCACAGACAUUUCCCCUUUCUUUUUAGGAAGAAAAAAGUGCGUCUUAUGGAGCGAAAAAUACGGUUAUCCCCAAAACAACCCUGCGAGGUAGGUUAGUCUGAGAGACCGGGCCUGGCCCCCCAAGUGACCCACUGAGCUUCAUGGCCGAGUGAGGGGAUUUGAACCCUGGGGUCCCAGUGGAAUGCUCUAACCAUUGCACCACACUGGCUCUGAAAGAACCCACCCCCUGGGGUGCUCCCUCAUUUUGGGCCCAGCUUCCAGGGCUGACUCAGCUCUGGGCCUGAAGCUCUGGGUGGGUGGGGGGCGAACGUGGGGCCUGAGACCCCGGCUGUGUCUCUUAGAGGGGUUGAGCUGAUCAUUUCCCACACACAUCCCACAUGGAAUCCUGCCUGUGUCGCUGACGCCAGUCACAAAGAGAAGCAUUGAAUUGUUGGAAGGGACUCCAGGGCUCAUCUAGUCCACCCCCUGCAAGGCAGGACUCUCAGCUGAAGCCUCCAUGAGGACAGAUGCUUAGAAACUUCCAAGGAAGGAGAGCUCACCAUCCCCAAGGGAGACCAUUCCCCUGUCAAACAGCUCUGACUGUCAGAAAGUUUUUCCGUAUUUCUAGUCAGAACCUCCUUUCCUGCAACUUGAAGCCAUGGGUUCGAGUCCUACCCUCCAGAGCAGGAGAAAACAAGCUUGUUCCAUCUUCCUUGUGACAGCCCUUGAGAUAUUUGAAGAAGGCUGAUCGUAUCUCCUCUCAGUCUCCUCUUUUCCAGGCUAAACAUCCCCAGCUCCUUCAACCGUUCCUCAUAUGGCUUAGUUUCCAGACCCUUGAUCAUUUUGGCUGCCCUCCUCUGCCCACAUUCCAGCUUGUCAACAUCCUUUUUAAAUUGUGGCGCCCAGAACUGGACACGGUAUUCCAGGUGUGGUCUGACCAAGACAGAAGAGAGUAGGACUAUGACUUCCCUUGAUCUGGACACUAGACUUCUGUGGAUGCAGCCCAGAAUAGCAUUAGGUUUUUGUUUUGUUUUUUGCUGCUGCUGCAUCACACUGUGGACUCUAACUUGAGUCCACUAAGACCCCCUAGAUCCUUUUCACAGGUGGUAAGCCAGGUGUCAAGGUGCGUACAGUUAAAGCUAUGGUUUUUCCAGUAGUGAUGUAUGGAAGUGAGAGCUGGACCAUAAAGAAGGCUGAUGGCCGAAGAAUGGAUGCUUUUGAAUUCUGGUGCUGGAGGAGACUCUUGAGAGUCCCAUGGACUGCAAGAAGAUCAAACCUCUCCAUUCGGAAGGAAAUCAGCCCUGAAUGCUCACUGGAAGGACAGAUCCUGAAGCUGAGGCUCCAAUACUUUGGCCACCACAUGAGAAGAGAAGACUCACUGGAAAAGACCCUGAUGUUGGGAAAGAUGGAGGGCACAAGGAGAAGGGGACGACGGAGGACGAGAUGGUUGGAUAGUGUUCUCAAAGCUACAAACAUGAGUCUGACCAAACUGCGGGAGGCAGUGGAAGACAGGAGGGCCUGGCGUGCUCUGGUCCAGGGGGUCACGAAGAGGCGGACAUGACUAAAUGACUAAACAACAACAAGAAGCUAGGUGUCCUCCAUUCUGCAUUUAUUCCCCACCCUUUUCAUCCAAGGAGCUGCAGGUGGUGUCUGUGGUUCUUGUCCCCCUCCUCAUUUAACCCCCACAAUAACCCUGUGAGGUAGGUCAGGCCGAGAGUAAGUGAGUGGGCUGAGCUCGCACCAUUCACUGAAGCCCCUAUUUUCUCUGCCCCCCCCCCCCAGGUUGCACGACGUCCUCCACAGUGACAAGAAGCUCACUCUGGUCUUUGAGUUCUGUGACCAGGUAAGGAGGGAAGGAGCGGGUGGCCGUGCUCGGAUUUUGCAGAAAGAGCCCUGCAGGGCUGGCUCCGUCCUGUUCCCACAGUGGCCAGCCAGGGGCCCCCCAGGGAAGCCCACAAGCAGCAGCAGGGGACAGGAUCCUGCGGGGCUCUGCCUCGGUUCUCCUGUGUGGCGAGAGAGAGGCAGCAAGGGGAGCUGGGCCUGGGCAUCUGGGGUCCCCUCUGCAUCCUGAAAAUGUGGGCCUCUUCCUGGGAGACCAGCCUGUCUGGGGGUCUCCUGGCCCUGCUGCUGACCCCCUGCCUCCCCCUCCUGCUUUCUGCUCCCCCCAGGACCUGAAGAAGUACUUCGACAGCUGCAAUGGGGAUCUUGACCCCGAGAUUGUUAAGGUGAGGAGGGAACAGGGUGGCCCUGGCGAGGGGCUGGGAGGAGGGGUGGGGACAGGCGUCCUUGGGGGGGGGGUGGCUGGUGCUCCGCCCAUCCCCCAUGGCCAGGCUUGGGGUCCUCACGCCAGCCUCCCCCCCUCUCUCCGCAGUCCUUCAUGUACCAGCUGCUGAAAGGUUUGGGGUUCUGCCACAGCCGGAACGUCCUGCACAGGGACCUCAAGCCCCAGAACCUCCUGAUCAACCGGGUGAGUGUUGGGGGCCCACAUUGGGCAGGCGGGGGGAGUUUAGGGGGCCAAGACCCAGUGUGGCUCCUGCAAAGACCUGCCUGUUUCACCUUUCCAGAGAUGGGAGGGGCUGUGCCCUUGGACUGCCCAAAGGUCUCCCUCGGUCUGCUUAUUAUGGGUUGCCACCUUAGCUGUGUUCCCUGCAUGGCAGGGGGUUGGGCUAGAUGACCCCCUGGUGUCCCUUCCCACUUCUCCCAAGGGAAGAAAGCAAAAAGACCCAGGAUUGGUGCUUUCUAAUGUUCUCAUAAAAAAUAGGAGGUUUGGGAUGAGCAGUGAAGGGGCCUGAUCUGCCCACGAUCCCUCUUGAUUUAGGGGGGUGUCAGGGUACACAGCGUGGGGGGGUCCUCAAGCUGCAAGGGACCUCCAGGAAGUCUCCAGGUCUAGGGAACAUUGUCAGUGUGGACGCCAUGGGGAUUUCCCCUUCCUUCCCUGGGGCGUGGGCAACGUUGCCUCUGGGCUUGCUCUUUUUCCUCCGCUGACCACCUGUCUUUGCCAACAGAAUGGGGAGCUGAAGCUGGCAGACUUUGGGCUGGCGAGGGCCUUUGGGAUCCCCGUGCGCUGCUACUCGGCCGAGGUGAGGAGCAGGGCUGGGUGGGCAGUGCCCAUCCAUUGGCACAGGGAACUGUGGGACCUGCCCCCUUCCCUCCCUUCCUCGCCCCUCCUCUGGGCCACUCACCCUGCAGAGCCUCCAAUUGUCCCUCUUUUCCAGGGACGUCCCGGUUUCUGAUCUGAUCCCAGAAUGUCCCACUUUUCCUAAGGACGCCCAUGUUUUCACUGGAGAAAUGUUGGAGGGGAUGGAGUUACCUGACCCCCAAGCCAUCUGAAGGCAGUCCGGUAUAGGGAAAUUUAUUUCAUGUUUAAUGUUUUAUUAUGUUUUUAUAUGUGUUGGAAGACGCUCAGAGUGGCUGGAGAAAGCCAGUAAGAAGUUUGGGGUAUAAAUAGUAAAAUUAUCAUUAUGAAAUGGGAUGUCCCUAUUUUCAUCAGAGAAAUGUUGGAAGGUAUGGCUCUGGUCUUUCUUCCCCAACCCAGCCUGCAGAAACCAAUUAACCUGUGGCCUAAUAAUAAUAAUAAUAGUAAUACUAAUUUAUUAUUUAUACCCCGCCCAUCUGUCUGGGUUUCCCCAGCCACUCUGGGCAGCUUCCAACAAAAUAUUAAAAUACAAUAGUCCUUAGAUAUUAAAAGCUUCCCUAAACAGGGCUGCCUUCAGAUGUCUUCGAAAAUCAGAUACCGUACUUUUCGCUCCAUUGGACACAGUUUUUCCCCUCCUACGGAGCGAAUGCACCGCGCGCAACCCCUCCGGCAGGGAGAGGCUGCACGGGGCUAUGGCUUCUUUAGCUCCACGCAGCCUCUCCCGCCAGGGAGGGAUUGCGUGGGGCUAAAGAGGAAGCCAAAGCAGCCAGCGGGAUCCAUCCCAUUCGCUGCCUUGGCUUGUUCCAUGGUCGCGCACAACCCCUCCGGCAGGGAGAGGUUGUGCGCAGCCUGUACGCUGCUCUUUGGGGCUGGGGGGGAAAAGAUUUUUUUUAUUGAUUUCCCCGUCUAAAAACUAGGUGCGCCUUAUGGUCCGGUGCGCCCUAUGGUGCGAAAAAUACGGUAGUUUUUUAUUUCCUUUGUCAUCUGGUGGGAGGGAGUUCCACAGGGCAGGUGCCACCACCGAGAAGGCCCUCUGCCUGGUUCCCUGUAACCUCACGUCUCGCAGGGAGGGAACCGCCAGAAGGCCCUUGGAGCUGGACCUCAGUGUCCAGGCUGGACGAUGGGGGUGGAGACGCUCCUUCAGGUCUACUGGGCCUUUGAGGCCGUUUAGGGCUUUAAAGGUCAGCACCAACACUUUGAAUUGUGCCCGGAAAAGUACUGGGAGCCAAUGUAGGUCUUUCAAGACCGGUGUUAUGUGGUCUCAGCGGCCGCUCCCAGUCUUCUCUGAUUUCCUUCCACCCCUGAUUCCUGCAUUGCAGGGGGUUGGACUAGAUGCCCCUUGGGGGUCCCUUCCAACCCUUUGAUUCUCCCUGCUGCCCCACAGGUGGUGACGCUCUGGUACCGCCCCCCAGACGUCCUCUUCGGGGCCAAACUGUACUCCACCUCCAUAGACAUGUGGUCUGCUGGCUGUAUCUUUGCAGGUAAGUGGGGGUGCUUUGGCACUGGAGGUGGGCAGAGGGGGUGGGCAAGGGCUCUGGGGUGCCACUGACCUCUUCCUCUCUCUCACCCCCCCAACCCAGAGCUGGCCAAUGCUGGGCGCCCCCUCUUCCCAGGAAAUGACGUGGAUGACCAGCUGA